UGUAACUCAUCCCAUAGAAAAUAGUUCUGGGUUUAAAAUGCAAACAAAUGAAUUAACAGAUCAAAAGUUGGAAUCACAGGCGAAGACCUCCACCAUGGACAAGAUGACCAAUCAAACACUUUUGACAUACUUGGAUGAAAACAAAGUUCCAGAAGCAGUAAUUACAGUUGUUAGAGAAGAAGCUUUGGAGGGAAGACAUCUGAAAAAUUUAACCAUAGAUUUACUAAUGAGCAAAGACAUACCGUUUGCCGAUUGCUUACAACUAGUUCAACUUUACGAAAAAAACCUUAAGUCAGGAGCAUCUUCUCUAAGAAAAAAGGUAUACAAUGAUCCGAUCCACGGUCAAAUCGAAGUGAACCCAGUGUGUCAACGUAUCAUCGAUACGCCCAUGUUCCAGAGACUGAGAUUUAUCAAACAGUUGGGCAUGGUCUACUAUGUUUUUCCAGGUGCAGCUCACAAUAGAUUUGAACAUUCUUUGGGUGUUUAUCAUCUAGCAGGUCAGUUUGUGAGAACUUUGAGACAAAAUCAACCAGAAUUAAACAUUACAGACACGGAUGUAUUGUGUGUAGAGAUUGCAGCUCUUUGUCAUGACCUCGGUCAUGGACCAUUUUCUCAUUUCUUUGAUAACAAGUUCCUCAGAGAAAUUGAUCCAUCGAAUAAAAACAAGCACGACAUGGCAGCAGCUAAAAUGAUUGACAAGCUGAAGGAAAUUGGAAUACUAAAUCUGGACAAAGACGAUAUAACAUUUAUUAAAGAGAUGAUUGGACCUCUUGAAAUUACAGGAUGUCAGGCAUGGCCUUAUGUAGGUAGAGGAGAGGAAAAGGCGUUCUUGUACGAGAUCGUGUGCAACAAAAGGAACGGUAUCGACGCCAACAUCUGGGAUUAUUUAGCCAGAGACUGCCACCAUCUUGGUUUUUACAACAACUUUGACUACAGCCGUUUUAUGAAGUUUGCUCGAGUUAUCGAGGAAGACGGAGAACUGCAGAUCUGCAUUCGGGACAAGGAAAUCAUCAACUUGUACAACAUGUUUUACACCCGAUACACGUUGCACAAAUUUGCAUACCAGCAUAAGGUCAACUGUGGCAUUGAGAUGAUGGUUAAAGAAGCCCUUGUCUUGGCUAACGAUUCUGUCUUUAUAAAAGCAAAUGGGACUGCUUAUAAAAUAUCGGAGUGUAUCACUGACACGGACGCAUACAUUGAGCUAAACGACAACAUUCUAUUCAAAAUUUUAUACCAAAAAGAAGAUGACAACGAUAAUUUGAAAAAAGCGAAAGAGAUUAUUAACAGGAUCUUUGGGAGGGACUUAUACACGUGUGUGUGGGAAAGUAAACCAAUCCAACCAGAUCUAUGGAAGAUUUUUAAAGAAAACAUGAGCGAGCUGAGCAAGAAGGGCAUUAGAUUGGAAGAAAAUAUGUGUCAGCAGUUCGAGAUUUAUGGAGUAAAAAUAGAGGAUUUAAGAAUUCAGAUUUUAUCUCUAGAGUUUGGGAUGAAAGAAGUAAAUCCUGUAGAAAAACUGAAAGUUUAUUCAAAGAAAACAUCAAAUAAAGCAGAAUUUCUCUACAAAAGAGAUAGUAGUAUCGUACUUGGCCCAGAAAAGUUCAAUGAGAAUCAAGUGAGAGUGUACAGCGUCUCAAAUGAAGACAGCAAAAAAGAGAACAUAAAGCUAACAUCAGAGAAAUGGUUUCAGUCCAUGAUAAAACCAGUGAAUCCUACAGUAAACAAGGAGAAACAUGACGGGAAAAAGUUGGAUUUACAACUUGGCUGGGUGUUUGGUUAUGUUUGGUUAGAUGUUUGUUUUGUUUUGUUUGUUUUGUUUUGUUUGUGUAGUAUGUUCUAUUAGUUUGAUUUUUGGUAAGUAGUUCGGAAAGGUAGUAGUGGCACAAGGAGGGGAAUUCUGAGGGAAUGUCGAGGACAGUUUCUUCCAGAUAUCUCUCAGGAGAAUUUUUAGUCCCCCCCCCCCAAAUUUUAAAUGUGUUUAGUUUGUGUGUUGAGUAGGGAUUGUUCAAACACCCAGUCAGGUUGGCAGAGAGCUGUGUGUUUAUUUUGUGUGUUUAGAGAUGUGUCUCGGUGAGUGUACAGUGUGUUAGGCUGCACAGGAUCUGGUGUGUUAGUGUGUGAGGCACAGCGAUGACUCAUUGAGAAGGAUGGCAGUCGACCUACAAACGAAAGUUCGAUCCAUAGAUAUUUAAUAGUGUCUGUGACUUAUCAUUCCUGUACUUGAAACAAAUGGAGGAGUGGACAUAGAUGCCAGUUUCUUUGUGUACGGAUAGGUCUCUGCAUAUAAGGUUCUAAUCAACGGCGAACAUCUCAUCGUCAUUCAUAAAAGAUUGUAAUCGAGUUUCAGAGCAACCAAAUAUAUGGAAAGGAUUGUUAGAAUUGUUUAAAACUUUUAGAACUUCAUGGUGUUUAUUAAGUACAUGAAACAUGUUUGAAUGGCCUAAUUUGAGCCCAUUUUGUUAUGCUAGGAUGAUGAGAAUAGACAAUGCAUGAAGAUAAUGAAAAAUCUAUUUGUAAGAGUUAUAAAAACAUAGAUUAAAAUAUACAAAACUUAUGAGACAUGCAAAAAUAAAAAUUAAUAAAUAAAACUACUAAUUGAAUCAGAGUCAUUAUAACUUUGUCACCUAAUUAGACAAACACUGUCUGCUCUUCACACUUCCUUACCGUCUCUCUCUCUCAAAAUAUAUAUCUCUUGAUAUAUACAUGUACAAUGUAUCUAUAUAUAAUAGUAUGAAUAUAACACAAAUAUGAAACUAUUAUGUUACAUGAAAAUGGGAAAAAAACCCAAUGAUUACUGUAUUAACAGACUUUUUUUCCUUUCUAUUCAGGUUGCAUUUGCAACUUGGCUGGGUAUUUGGUUAUGUUUGGUUAGAUGUUUGUUUUGUUUUGUUUGUGUAGCACGAUAUAUUCAUCACUAGACUACGCAGAAUAUAUAGUGACAAAAUAUGUCUGUAUACAAUAUAACACAAUAUAACACAAUCAAAACCUUUUGGAAAACAUAUACAACUGAUGAGUCAAAUGACAGAAGGAAAUAAUUGCUGCGAUGUAAUUUAGUUUUGUUGUGUCGUAAAGUAUUUUUAAGGCACUCGAAUGUUUAUUCAAACGUUAGGAAGUUUACACUAAAAAAAACCACUCGUUUAAAAAGUAGACUUCAAUGAUAUGCCGAAACUUGGAAAAGAAACUUUAUCGUGACAUCACAUCUUAACCCCUUCCAACAAAUUCUCAUAGAAAACACCAGACAAUAAUAUACCAAGUUUUCCUUAUCAAAAUACUAAGACUAGUUUUAAUAAUUUCUGAUAAUAAAUUGAUACAUUAAAUUUAUGUUUUUAAGCUGCACAAAAGGUUAUAAUGACAUUCUAGUGUGUUAUUGCACCCGUAGCUAAUUUUACAAAUCGUGUGUAUAUUAUGUUUAUGAUAAUAAUGGUGUUAUUAUUUUAGGCCAAUCCCUAUGAGGAAGCAGAAACAAACCACCUUGGACAAGCGUGUUGAGGGGCAGGGGAGCACCCACUCUGA